AUGCUGUCCUGCUGGCAGCUUCUCCAGCUACUGCUGGCCACCUCCCUUCCAGCAGCAGCCAUCAACCUCACCGGCUAUGAAUACAUCGUCGUGGGCUCUGGCGCCGGCGGAGGCCCUCUGGCCGCCCGCCUCGCCCUAGCAGGCCACUCAACCCUGCUUCUCGAAGCCGGCACCGAACAAGCCCACAAUUUCAACACGUCCGUCCCAGGCUACGCAGCACUCGCAGCCGCAGACGACCAUCUCUCCUGGAACUUCUUCAUCCGCCACUACGCCAACGACACCCAACAAGCCCGCGACCCCAAAACCGUCUACACCACGCCCACCGGCGAACAGUACGUCGGCCUCCAUCCACCCCCGGGAUCCAUCAUGAAAGGCAUCCUCUACACCCGCGCCAGCACCCUGGGAGGCUGCACCGCCCACAACGCCCUCGUCGCCAUCUAUCCCCAUCGCUCUGACUGGACUUACAUCGCCAACCUCACCAACGACCCAUCCUGGCUCCCCGACCCCAUGCGCGAAUACUACGUCCGCCUCGAGAACAACCACUACCUACCCCCCGACAUCCCAGGCCACGGCGACACCGGCUGGCUCUCCACCGAACACGCCCCCAUCAACCUCGUCCUCCAAGACCCCCAACUCCUUUCCCUCCUCCUCGGCGCCGUCUUCACCCAGCCCCGAAAUAUUCUCUCCAACCUCAUCUCUUUACUCCUCGGCGACGUCAACGCCAACUCCCCCUCCCGCGACUCCAAACCCGCAUACUACCAAAUGCCCAUCGCCACAUCCUCCAACGUCCGCAACGGCGCCGCAGACUUCCUCCGCGCCGUCCACUCCGCUACCAACCCAGACGGCACCCAGAAAUACCCCCUGACCAUCCGCACAAACUGCCACGUCAUCCGCGUCCUCUUCGAUACCACCUCCACCUCACAAGCCCCAAAAGCAACAGGCGUGGCCUUCCUCGACGGCCCCUACCUCUACCGCGCCAGCCCGCUCUCCUCCCAAGACACCCCCAGAACCCCUGGAACGGCCACCGCAUCCCGCGAAAUCAUCCUCUCCGCGGGCGUCUUCAACACCCCCCAGAUCCUCCAACUAAGCGGCAUCGGGCCCGCAGAUCUCCUCAAGAAACAUCACAUCCCAGUCCUGAUCAACCUCCCUGGCGUCGGCGCAAACCUCCAAGACCACUACGAGACCUCGGUAGUAGUCGAAGCCCCGUUCCCCUUCCGUGUCCUGAACGGCUGCACAUUUAACUACACGUCCGACCCGUGUCUGCUUCGAUGGCUGAAUCCGAACGGACAUAAAGACCGGGGAAUAUAUUCCUCUGCGGGGUUUACCAGUACUCUACUCCACCAUACCCCCAACACAUCCACGACACCCAACCAGAAUAUUGACAACGUCGACUACAAUACAAUGGUCUACGGCGGCCUCGUCAACUUCCGCGGCUACUUCCCAGGCUUCGAGGUCAACAUCACAGCAACGCACCACUCCUUCACAUGGGGGAUUAUCCAAGCGCACCCGUCUAGUAGAGCCGGGACGGUGAAUAUCAGUUCCGCGGAUCCGCUUGAUCCUCCACAUAUUCUAUUCAAUUCCUUCUCAGACCCUAACUCGGAGGAGGAUUUAUUUGGGUUAGUAGAUGCGAUCAGGGUUGCGAGGAGGGCACUAAAAAGACAACUUAUUCCUACGAAGGAGACACUCCCGGGGAGAGAGGUGAGGGGGUAUGAAGAGUUAAGGCAGUAUGUAUUGGAUACGUCGUGGGGACAUCAUGCUGUGGGGAGUUGUAGGAUUGGAAGUGGGGAUGACAGAGAUGUGGGGGCGGUGGUGGAUGGGAAGUUUAGGGUGAGGGGAUUGAGGGCGCUGAGGGUUGUGGAUGCGAGUGUGCUUCCUAGGGCGCAGGGGACGUUUCCGGUGUUGGGGGUUUAUAUGCUUGCGGAGAAGGCGGUGGGAGAUAUUCUUGCUGAGGAGUAA